AGAGGAACCCAGCGUCCACACCACAGCCCACGGCUGAGACUCAGGUGAGGUCCGCCGCGUCCCCCCGCUGCCACAACCCACAACCACUACCUGAGUACCUGACCACCACCGGAUAGGAUGAAGCCGCCGGUGAGCAGGGCCGCCUUCGCGUCCGUGCUGAUAGGGCCGCGCACGCUCGGGGCCUCUCUGGUGGCCGCCCGCUGCGCCUCCUCCUCUGCCGCCGCUGCCGUCACUGCCUAUGAUCAUGCAUCGUUUGUCAAGGAAAUCGCCGCAACCGAUCCUCCAGAGCAUCUCAACUCUCUCCUCAAUGUGCUUCAAGCACGAGGUGAAAAGAUUGUUUCUCCUGGAGCAAAAAGAGGGUUGAUUCCAUGUGUUGUUCCCUUAUCAGAAAGUCCAGCAGGUGAUUUGACAUCUCUCCUUAGAUGGCCAACCGCUCCAACUGGGAUGGAAAUGCCUGUUGUGGAAGUUCGUAAACAUGGGCUGUGGCUUUUGGCUAAAAAUGUGAAACAGUAUAUCCACAGAAUACUUGUUGAGGCUGACUUCAGUGCUGGAACUGGUGAUGAUUUAUGGGCUGCUGUGGGCGAAGCUGGUAAAAACCUUUACGCUAAAGGCGAAUUCAAAGAGUCGCAGGUGGCAGACCUUGAUGUCUAUUUGUUGAAGAAGGUUGGACUUUUCCCUGAUGUUAUAGAGAGGAAAACAUUGCGCCAUCUCGAAAAAGGAGAUAAUGUCUCAGCUCUCAUUACUGGAGAAUUCUAUACUAGAGAUCAAUUUCCAGGAUUUGGAAGACCCUUUGUGUUCAAUGCAGAGAUUUUUAAAAGAGUUGGACGUACAUCUGAAGCCAAAGAUUCAGCUCGAGUGGCUCUGAAAUCACCAUGGUGGACACUUGGCUGCAGUUACGAAGAGGCUGCUGAACUAGCUGGGUGGGAGGAUGAGCAGCUAGAGUUUAUAAGAGAGAAGGUAACUGAGGAGGGUAAGCGCGAGGACCUGAAGAGAGGAAAGGCUCCAGAACAGGUAGCUGACGAGAGCCUCCUUAACUUGUCACAUGAUAGGGUUCAAUUAUUUCUUGGCUGGCUCCAUUGCCUUUGCUGCUCUGGUGCACUGCAGGUGAUUCUUGACGAGGCGGCAUUCUUAAUGGAUUUAGCGUCCGUGGAUGGUAACUGGGACGAGGUUGUGGAUCGGAUUGCUGAAUGUUACAGAGAGGCUGGGCUUCAUGACAUUGCGAAUUUCAUUGCCUACAGGGAAUAGAUGUUAGAUUCCCUAUGGUCUAGAAUGUUAUUCAAGAAAUUUUGAUUCAUUUGUGCUCUGCUAAUAUAUAUUCUUAUAUACGGGAAGAACGCACAACCGUUAUAUCGCAGCAGUCCUUUUUUGUUUUGUUUUGACAUCAGCUAGUGACCAUAGUUUCUUUCCUGUAUAGCUCUGAAUGUACUUGUUUUUUCCAUUUAAAUUUCCAUGCUUAUUCAUGGUUAGUAAGUGUCA